AUGGUUUCCGCCUGGUCAAUCCCUUUAUCCAAAAGAGGACAAAUGUCAAAUAACGAAAACUUUCCCGGUCCUGGCUAAUAUAAACCUGAAUAUUAUACAAAUAAAAUACUAAAAUAAGAUCCUAAAUAUUCUAUAGGAAAUUCAAAUAAAUAAAAUUAAAUAAAUAUAUAAACCCCAGCUCCUGGACAAUACUAAUAUAAAAAAUAUAUAGGAAUAGAAGCCCCGAAAUACCAUAUAGGAUAAAAAAACUAUUUAAAUUUUUAAGAAAAAGAAAAAUGGCCUGGCCCAUCUACAUAUUCUCCCUCAAAAACUAGCUUAAAAUAAUUCCCGAAAUAUUCAAUUAGCCAAAAGUAUAAGUUAUAAAAUGAAGAUAAAAUUCAUUUUCCAGGUCCAGGACAAUAUGAGACAAAUAAAACUACUUUAAUUAAUAGAAGUACAGCAAAGUACAUUUUUUUUAAUAAAAUCAAAUUUAAUUUAAAUAUAUAUAUAUAUAUAUAUAUAUAUAUAUAUAUAUAUAUAUAUAUAUAUAUAUAUAUAUGUAUAUAUGAAUUAAGAAUGUGUUUAUAAAAGAGAUAAGAUUUAACUUAUAAUAAAGAUAUACCUGGUCCUGGCUAAUAUUAAUAAAAUAAUAAUAUAAUAUUGAAGUCUUUUCCUAAAUUUUCUAUUGGAAAUUAAGAGAGAUAAGGUUAAUUUUGGUAUAAAACAAAUCCAGGCGUUGGAGAAUAUAAUGUAAAUUAUAAAGAAAAAAUCAAAGGAGGAUGCAUUAGCUCUAAAAAUAUUUAAUAAAAAGAAAUAUAUUAACCAUGUCCUGGAUAUUAUUCUCCUGAAAAAACAAAAAGCAAAUGUAAAUUCGGAACAAUAGGAAAAGAAUAAAUAAAGUCUUAUUAAAUAAUAAAUUCUCCGGGACCAUAAAAAUACGAUACUGUUAAAUAUGACAAUUUAAAAUUAAAAAACUAACCUAAAUAUUCCAUAGGAAGAUCAUAAAGAUCUCCUAUUUGUAGAAGUGGUUCUCCAGGACCUUCAUAAUAUAAAAUAAAUGAAAUGUGGAAUACUAAAAAAGGAAUAACUAUAUAAGAUAGAAACUUUCCUUAUUAUACCAAUUAUUUACCUGGACCCUCUGACUAUAACCCUAAAUUUAAUUUUAUAUAACAUAGAAACUGUUCUUAUACAACACCACACUCUAAAAGAAUAGGAUUAGUAGAUUUAUAAGAAAAAAAGCAGAUGCCCGGACCAUCAGACUAUAACUGUUUUUUUAAAGGAUUCGGAAGUCAUCAAUAUAGUAUCGGAAGAUCAUAAAGAUCAGGUGUUUAAUAGAAAACAUAAACUCCAGGUGUCGGAUAAUAUAAUCUUCCUCCAAAAUUUGCUGAUAUUGGUAUUAUUACUUAUGAUUCUAAAAUACAUGUUUACAAUCUAAAAUCUACCUUAAAUUAGCCUUAAAUGUAUAUUAUUGCUGAUAUGUAAGAUAUUGAAAUUCCUAUACCUGAAAAUUUAGUAGUUACAUUAAGCGAAUCUAAAGAACUUAUUUUGAAUUUAUUAGAAUCAAUUUAAAAUAUGUUUAUAAAUACUUAAAUUAAUGAUAGUUGCUUUACAUUUGCAUUAGAUACUGUACUUAAAGUUUUUAAACAUAUAGGAGGUAGAUUGUUUGUAUUUUAAAAUAGUCCAAAAAUAAUAAUGGAGCCUGUAUUUGCAGCAAAACCACAUAAUGAUAACAGUAAUAAUAAUAAUAUAAAUAAUUAAUAAUAAUAUAUGGUUCCUGGAUCUUCACAUUUACGAAACAUUUCAGCUGAAAUGCAUGCUAAUUUUAUAAAUGUUUCAAUUUUUAUAUUUUCUGAUGCUUAUAAAAACGCGAUUACAUUAGGGGAAUUAGCAAGAUAUCUAAAUGGAGAUAUUUUUUAUUAUAAUGAUUAAGAAACAAGAAAUUAAUAAUUAUAUUAUGAUCUUAAGAAUUGCCUUGAAAAAUAAGUUACAUGGGAAAGUGUAUUUAGAAUAAGAUGUACAAAAGGAUUUAAAAUACAUUAAAUAUAUGGAAAUUUUUCAAUUAAAUCUACUGAUUUAUUAUCUUAUCCAUGUGAUUAGUAAAAUUAUAAUUUUAUUAAAAUAAAACUAAAAAAAAGAAAUAAAACCUUACUUUAUGAAUUCGAAAUGGAUGAUUCAAUUGCCUUAGGAACUAAUUUUUGUAUAUAAACAGCUUUAUUAUAUACAAAUAGUAAAGGUGAAAGACUUAUAAGAUGUCACAAUUAUAUAAUUCCCUUAACUUCUGAAAUUAAUGAUAUAUAUAAUGGUGCUGACUCAGCAGCACUUACAUGUGCUAUUGCAAGACCUAUUAUAUCUAAAAUGUACUUUUAACCACUUUCAGAUUUAAAAGGUUUAUUAAUAUAAGUAACCAAAAGAAUAAUAAUAAGUUCCAAAUAAUUUAAUGUGAAAAAAUAAAUACCUGAAGCUUUAAAUUUAUUUGCUUUUAAUAUGCUAGGAUGCAUGAAAAAUUAAAUUUUUAAUAAUAUUUAUUGUAAUUCUAUAUCUACUGAUGUCAUGAAUUCUUUAAGAAUUUUAUAUAAUUCACUACCUGUAGAUGAAUUAAUGACUCAUUUUGUACCUAAUUUAUUUUGUAUUGAUGAUAUGAAAGAUUAAUAAGUUUCAUUUUAUGAUUAAAAGGGAUAAUUUGUUUACCCAGAACCAUCUUCUCUAAAUUUUAAUUCUUUAGGAAAAACCUUAUAUUUGAUGGAUUUAGGAACUUUUUUGAUUUUAUAUGUUAAUAUAAAAAGUGAUAAUUAAUAAUUAUUAAUUGAUGUUUUCGGUACAUAAACUUUUAAUUUAAAUGAAAAAUUAAAUGAAAAUAAUUUAUAUGCAAAUUAAAAUUAAAUAAACGAAUAAUUAUUUUAACUUGUAUAAGAAUUAAGAAAUUAAAAAAAUACAAAAUAUUGUCCAUUACAUAUUGUUUUAGCUUAGUCAAGUGAUCCUUUAGAAUUAUUUUUCUAUUAUAAACUUAUUGAAGAUAAAUAUGAACAUUAUAUUGCUGGAUAUAAUAUAAAUUAUAGUACUUUUGUAAACUUAAUGAAUUGA